CAGGACAGAGGCAGUGAGUCAGUUUACUCGGGCAGCUGGCAGAGAACAUCACGCAGACUUUUUUCUUUUCUCUUCAUUCCCCCAGCACUGCUCAGAAGGAACCGCUCACUUGGAAUUAAAAAGAUAAAUAAACUAAACAUAAAAUAAAAAGAAAAUCUUCGCCAAGCACUCUACCCAAUGUGAAGAGAAAAGAGGCUGAAAAGAAGAGAAAAUAGCGGAGAAAUGGGAGCGUUCAGGCUGCUGCUGGGGAGUUUACAUUACCUGGGACUCUAUCUGCAACUUAGUGUCUCCACAAGACAGGCUGGACACCGAGACCUGGAGAACCGCAUCUCUGGGAACGCCAUGUUUACUGAGGUACCCCAUGACAUGACUGCCCAGAGAGGCCAGGAUGUGGAGAUGGCCUGUUCCUUCAGAGGAGCAGGAACGCCGUCCUACUCACUGGAGAUCCAGUGGUGGUACAUCAGGAACCACGUAGAGUGGACGGACCAGCAGCCCUGGACGACUAAUGAGGUGUCUCCUGAGGAGGAAACGCUGAAGGAUGCUACAAAGAUCAGUGUUGUGAAGGUCGUGGGCAGCAACAUCUCCCACAAGCUCCGCCUCUCCCGGGUCAAAGCGUCUGACGAAGGCACCUAUGAAUGCCGCGUGAUCGACUUCAGCGACGAGGCCGGCGCCCGCCGCCACCGUGUCAGAGCCUACCUGCAGGUGGUGCCAGAGAGCGCCGCUGCCGCCGGCCCCGAGCGCGACGCCAACUUCGAGGCUGGGGACGACACUAAGGCGGGGGCAGCGUUCGCUGACGCAGAGCUGCACGGCGUUGGCCAUCAUCAGAACCAUGGGCCCCACCUGGAGCACGGCAAGCGGCCCCAGGCAGUCCCCCAUCAUGGCCACAGCCACGGCGGGGGCGGGCCGCAACACAACGCCGCUAGGGAGCUUAAGAGGAGCGGCGCGGACAAUAACCACAGUGACUGCUCCAACGAGCCGAGCUGCACUCUGUAAAGCCAGAGGUCACAGAACCAGAUGUUUGGUCACAGAAAGCAGCUUCCCUCUCACACAGAGCAGGCCUGAAGAAGCCCAGAAUCCAUAGAAACAUCUAAUAUGGCUUGUAAAGAGCGCAAGGGGUGAACUGUGAGGGGGGAGUGGUUUUUAUUUAUAUUGAUGCUGUGCAGAAGUCUAGAUGAACUGGUUCCUGUGUGUAAACUGCCUGUAAAGCAGAGGGGUGGGGGGAGUAGAUAUAGGCAGCUUUACUGUUUCUGAUAUCAGCAUCCACAACUAGAUAACCUACUAAAAAAAAGAAAAGACUUUAGUCUGUCUAUUAACCAGUAAAUAAUAUGUUGCUUGUACGCCAGAUCCUGUAAAUGACAUGAUCACACCUUCCACUGCCUUAUUGUCGCUCCAUUCGCCCAGACAAACAGGAUGUGGAAUAUUUUCUCACUGGUUCAAUUCCAAGUGCUUUUAUUCACACAGUCCUCUAAAGUCCAACAUAAAAAACCUACUGAUUUCUUUCUGGUCUCGGCUUCAGCUCUUGAGUUAUUUUACUGUGUUUGUGUUCAUGGAUGUUGAUGAUGUAGAUGCUGCGCACACUCAAUAGUAAUGAACUAGUAAUGAACUUUCUGUCUGAUCCAGGACAGAUCCUGAAUAGUUCACAGAGAAUGGGGAGAUUUCAAUAAAUAAUAUUAAUAAUAAAACAUUACACAUGAUAUUUUACAGUUCAGAAAGUAGAAAUUUUCCUCCCCACCUUCUCCUGCAGGGCCAAACAAAUUAAACUGUUUCAUGUUUUUUUUUAAAGUCAGGAGAGGAUUACACCUUAGACACUAAAUUAAUCAAUUUAAAUAUGCCUCUACUUGUUGACUGUAAAUAUAAAACCAGACUGUGAUCUCACUUUAAUGUAUAACCCUGCAAAAGGUAUCUCUUGAAAUUAUAUUUGUCACAUUGUAACCACAAAUUUCAGUGCAUUUUAUUUUAUUUGGUAUUUUAUAUCAAACACAAAGUGCAAAACAAAUGCUACAUAAAUAAUGUAGCAUUACAUUAUUUUUUGAGGGGGAAAUCUGAAAAGUGUUCAUUUUCAAAGGAAAUGCACUAUACAAAGACAAAAUCUUAUGAAGUAUUUUUAAUCUAGUUUAUAUUAUUUCUUUCAUCUUAUCUGCAAUUUCGCACUACUUUGCGUUGGUUUAUCACAUAAAAUUCCUGUAAAACAUGAAGUUUGUGGCUAAAACCAGAAACUGUUCUCCUUACUGGGAAACUGCAAGGCUUUUGCACUGCGGCACAGUUUUAUGGGGCAAAUAAUUUCUCUCUCAGCUUGGUUCUCUCACCCAGUGCUCAUUGAUAAUAUUUUAAAAAGCCUAAAUCCUCUACAAGCCACUGUGUACAUAAAACUGUAUAUUACAAAAAACAAGUAAGUGCAUGUUUAGUAAUUUUCUUUAAAAAAAUCUUUUUCAAUCAACGUACACAAAGGCAUUUUUGUCAACGUAUGAGUUUUAUUUAUUUAUUUAUGUAUUUUUUGUAAAGGACUCUGUCUGGUUUUAUUCCUUUAUUUAUUGAAGUCUUGUCAGUUUGACAUUUUUAAAAGCCAUCCUUGUUGCGUUCCUGCUCUCCUAAAGUGCUGUACAGACAGAAGAAUGAGUUUUUCUUCAUAGCUGCUCAGAAAGGGGUUUUCCUCCCUGACAAAUCUUAGUACUCUCACCGUUUCUGAAGCUUCUGGAUGUGGAGCACUGGCAAGCACAGACCGCUGCAACUCUGGUGUAGUCUCAGAAAAACAAUGCUUACUUGGAAAUAUUUCAUUCUGAUGGAUCUACUAAAGCUGCAGUAUGGACCUUUUAUUAAAAAAUGUUUUUGGUUUUUUUUACAUAUUUGUUGAAACUGUCACUAUGUCAUGACAGAUAAUUUGUGAAAAAGUUGAGUUUAUCUUUUCCUACAGAAAUACAGUGAGUAUGGUAGAUAAAAAGGUUUUUGUAUUUCUCUGCCAUUAGCAUAUUAGGCAGCGUGUACACAAGCAUCAUCAACAGCGCUAAGCCCCUCCUCCUGACUGAUUGGAGCGAUGCAUUUCUGGAGACAAUAAUAGUAGCUCAGGGAAGAGGUGGAUUACCUGUCUCACAUUACACUGUCCAGGACAUAGUAGCUGCAUUUCCAUUACAAAUGUGAACAAAACUUUGUCAAUAUUUAACUAAAAUCGAAGAAACACAAUUCCAAAAUUACAUUGUUUCCAUUAAAUAAGAAGCGCAAUUAAAAUGACACGAUAAGUCAUUAAGGCCGUGGCGAUGAUGCCACGCGAUAAGGCUGUGGCAUCAUCCUCCCACCACUUCCUGUUUUUUUCUUUGUCAUUUCCACCUGUAGUAAAACCCGGUUGUUGAUCAUCUGACUCGUGUGAAGCGGAAAGCAAAGUGUUUCCACUGCAGAUUUACAGAAUACACUGAUUUUGAUCCAAUCAUGAAACCACCUCAUGAUAGCUCAAAAUCUUAUCAAAAAAUGUGUUUGUUUCAAUUAAGUGAAUUUAUUUUCAUAAUUCCAAUUUGCACAAUUCUAUGGUCAAUGAAAAUAUGUUUUUUUUAGCAAAUAUGUAAAAAAAUAUUUGUGUAAAAGUCACCUACUGCAGCUUUGAGGCGCAGGGUGUUAAUGUGCUAGAAAACCCCUUGGGCAAUGAAAAAGAGAAAUGUACGAAAACACUAAAACUGUUUCUGCUUUUUAAAAUCUUCUUUUUCUCUCCAAGGCCACAAGCAGUCUUACCUCUGCUGUAUCGACUGAAAGCAACAGCAGCAGUUCUGCUCCUGAGGGCAGUUGCUCUGUUUGCAGACAGAACAACAGAUUUAAUGAACCACCGUUUGAUUUUCAAACUUUAGUUUGAUGUUUGAUCAAAAAACAAAAAAUGGAUCUCUGAUGAGGAUGGGAGGUAACAUGUACAUUUCUUCUAGAAUGUUUGGUCUCACGCUAAGUGUAUGCCUUUAUCAAAUGAAAUAAAUUGUAUAUGAAACCAGA